AUGUAUGACCAUGACGAUCAUCCAAACAUAUACAACAAAUUGCGAAGUAUUUUCAAAUACUAUAUCGAUUCAUAUAAUGCAUUGUUUCAGCUUUCUCUUCCAAUUUUCGAUACAACGAUAUUAGAAGAAAGAACUCAAUUCUUCUUCAGAUGUUUCGAAGAACAAUGUGCUUCAUUCAAGGUAGAUACUCAUUUCGCAGCACAGCCAGAUCAAGGAGAAAUCACAGGCCAAUGGUAUUUCAUCUCCGCAAAUGUUGCAAAGACAGAAAACACAAUGACAAGUGAUAACCAAGCAAUGGCAACUCGAACAAAUGUUUCUAUUCCUUCAGCUACAAGAACAAUUGCUCAAAUGACAACAGCAAGUAACACAGCGACUGAAUCUAGUCCAAGAAAGAAAGGCGGUCAAUCAUUCAGAGGAAAUGUUUUCUUCUUCAUGGGAAUUGUCGUUGACGCAAGUAUUAAAACAAAGGAAGCUUAG